AUGACAAAACUAAGAAUAGCACUCCUUCAAUUAAACCCAAUAAUCCAUCAAAUCGAAGAAAACAUUCAAAGAGCCAACACAAUCCUAUCAAAAUUACCAACUUCUAAACCAAUAGAUUUAUUAAUAUUACCAGAAUUUGCAUUCACAGGUUAUAAUUUCCCAAAUCCAAAAGCAAUAUCAUCACAUUUAGAAGACUUGAAAAACCCAGGUCCUUCAAUAACAUGGGCUCAAUCAACUUCACAAAGAUUAAAUUGCUUUACUGUGCUUGGUUAUCCACAAAUUUCUAAUAAAAAGACAUUUAAUUCAGCUAUUGUGAUUAAUCCACAUGGAGAAAUUAUUCAUAAUUAUAAUAAAUCAUUCUUGUAUGAUACAGAUGAAACAUUUGGUGCUCAAGAAGGUGAAGGUUUUAAAACUUUGGAAUUAAAUGGUAUCAAGACAAGUAUUGGGAUUUGUAUGGAUUUAAAUCCUUAUAAAUUUAAAGAACCUUUCCAAAAAUUUGAAUUUUCAAAUCAUUGUUUAGAUGAAGAGGUUAAAUUAAUUAUAUGUCCAAUGGCUUGGUUACAUUCUACAAGUCCAAGUAUAAAUGAUUCACUUAACCAAGAGGAAAAAUUAAAAGAAUCCAAAAAAAUCCAAGAUCAAAUUGCCAAUACAAAACAACAAUAUGAGAUUAAUGAUGAUCAAAACAAUCAAAUUACAGAUUAUGAAGAACUAAAAGAAUUUACCGAAUUAAAAAACCCAGAUUUUAAUAACUUAAACUAUUGGAUCCUUAGAUUUUUCCCCUUUAUGAAUCAUAUAAUGAAAUCAUCAUGGUUUCAAUCCAAGGCAACAGUAUUAUUUUGUAAUAGAUCAGGUAUUGAAGAUGAUGUUUUAUUUGGUGGUACUAGUUCAAUCGUACAAUUUAAUGGUAGUAAAGGUUUAGUUGGUUAUAAUUCAAUAGAUUUGAAGAAUAAAAGUGUUGAUGUCUUGGGAAGUUUAGGGAAAGGUAAUGAAGGUUUAUUAUAUAGAGAAGUUGAUGUAUAA